UAUUAACCGUUGCACAUGGUUGUGUUUUCGUUUCGGCUCUCGCUGCGCCGUUUGUUUACUACUAGCAGCAGCAGCAGCUUGACAGCGAGAAACGUCAUCAGCAGUUACCGUCAGCAUCAUCAUCAUCAUUGUCAAAAUAAAACCUUCCAGAAAUUCCUUCACGACUCCUCCCUGCUUCGAGCUCGAGCUUUACCGUUUCCUUUCCCGUUGACUCACCGUUUCCGUAAAUCUUCCAAAAUAGGUACCAGAAUGAGCUCGUCGUCGCCGGAGACUGGGGACAUGCUGGAUGUCCUGGCCUAUAACUGUAGCAAGCUGUCGACCGAUCUAUGGGAAGCGUCCGGACCGGGUGAGAAACGGAAGCUGGUGGCUGAGUAUCUGAAGAGCGCCGAUCGGGAAAGCAAGAGUAUCAAGGACUUCAAGGAAGGAUUGGAUUGGUUCAACGUGACGGAACCGUUGUCCUUCGAUGGGUGCCUACGUGGGAAGAUAGUGGUGCUGGAUUUCUUUACGUACUGUUGCAUUAAUUGUAUGCACAUUCUGCCGGAUCUGAAACGUCUCGAGCAUCUGUAUUCCGUCGAGGAUGGCCUGGUUGUGAUUGGCGUCCAUAGCGCCAAGUUCGAGAAUGAAAAGGAUUCGGCGAACAUCUUGUCCGCCGUUCAGCGAUAUGAGAUUAGUCACCCCGUGGUGAACGAUAAUGUUUCCUCAAUGUGGAGGAAUCUUCGUGUGCAAUGCUGGCCGACCCUGAUGAUUCUGGGUCCUCGGGCGAAUCCAAUCUUUGUCGUCAUGGGCGAAGGACACUUUGACGAUCUGAAGCUGUACGUAAGCUCAGCGCUCAAGUUCUACAAGGACAAGGGAGCCAUUCUGGAUCAUACGCUUCCGAUCAACGUUGCAACGAAUCUUAUCGAAACGAGUCAUUUGCAAUUCCCAAGCAAGAUUUGCUGCUCGUACCGUGGAGGCGAGAACAACGAUAACCCGCUGUAUGCAAUUUCCGACUCUGGCAAUCAUCGGAUCCUGGUCAUCAACAACGACGGAAUGAUUCUUCACCGAAUCGGAGGCAAAAAAUCGGGAUUCGUGGAUGGAGAUUUCCGAAAAGCCCGUUUUAACGCUCCCCAAGGUGUGGCAUUUCUAAGUGAUGAGAUUUUUUUCGUAGCUGACAACGAAAAUCACGCAGUUCGCAAGAUUGACCUCAAGAAUCGACAAGUUACGACCGUUGCCGGAAAUGGGCAGCAAGGUUGCGAUCGAAUUGGUGGAAAAGUUGGCCGAGAUCAGAUCAUUUCCUCUCCGUGGGAUGUGGCCGUGUACCGCACUAGGGAUUUGGACAUGUCGUUCCAUGCGGACGAAUCGCAAACUCCUUUAAAGGAUGUAGUUUUCAUUGCGAUGGCUGGAAUCCAUCAGAUUUGGGCCCUGUUUCUGGAGGAAACGAUCUGGUGGAAGUUUAAGAAAUACUCAGCUGGCAGUUGUUUGGCCAUUGCUGGAAAUGGUAGGGAGGAGAAUAGGAACAAUUCUUAUCCGAACAAUGCGGCAUUUGCUCAACCAUCUGGAUUGGCAAUCAACAAGGAUGGCAAGGAGCUGUACCUCGCUGAUAGUGAGAGUUCCUCGAUUCGAAAGAUGUCAUUGAGUGAUGGGAAGGUGCUGGCCGUCGCUGGAGGUGAUCGCAAUCCAUUGGAUCUAUUUUCCUUCGGUGACGUCGACGGUAAGCAGUACGCUGCCAAGUUCCAACACCCUCUUGGAGUGGCAUACAACCUGAAAGACAACUGCAUCUACGUGACCGACACGUACAAUCACAAGAUCAAGAAGAUUAAUGCCAGCACCAACGUGGCAACGACUUGCGCCUUCCAGGAGGAAGGGAGCUCCGUUAAGCAAUUCAACGAACCGGCCGGGCUUUGCCUAGACCCCUCCGGACGCUAUCUCUACAUUGCCGAUACCAACAACCAUCAGAUUAUGAUUGCCGAUUUGUCCGAAAAUAGCAUCCGUCCCCUGAAGGUCCGAUUUAACAACGCCGAAGCCGAUCACCUGGAUAAUCCCGGAGAAAUUUACUCGUACGAAAACACUUUCAAAAUCCUUCCCGACGGUGGAAAGGUUCUCCUAAAGCUCGAGUUCGGUUACCUGGAAUCGAACGUUAAACUAACGCAAGGGGCACCGCAAAAGUGGUCCCUCUUGCUUCCGUCGGACAAGUGGCGCUGCGAUACGAUGAACGGCUCCAUCAGUUCGCUGAACGACGGACUCAGUUUGACCGUAGUCGUCCCGAAGGGCACCGAGCAGCAGAAACCGGUUCAGGGCACGGUCAACUUCAAACUGAACCUCUGCGCCAACGACGUUUGCUUCCCGAAGGAGUUUGCCGUCGGAUUGAGCUUUGCCUAUGACGUUACCGGCGGAUCCACGGUCAAGGGAAGCAUGAUGGUUCAGGUCGGACGGAAGAACGUUGUCGUGUCCAAAGAGUAGUAGCGUGGUGGAUGGGGAUGAUCUAAACAAGGCAGCACAAUCACUAGCGUACCAGUGUAGUAGUACUAGCGCGAACAUGCAUUUUCGACUUUUAUGUUUUCGAUGGACAGUUUAUUAGUACUUUAACACGUCCCUUUGGACAAAUAGGUACUAUAAGAAAUUAAGCUGAAGGUAACACUUUUUACAGAUUUAUGACUACAUAUACCUUACUAGGUACUAGUUUUUCGUUUGUUGUAACAGAAUCAAAAUAUAG